AUGGGAGGACCACAGAGGUUGCACUUUCAACAGCAGCCGCAGCAGCAGCAGCAAGGGGUGAAGCAGCAGCAGAGGGAGUGGGAGAAGGAUCAGCAGGGGGGGCAGUGGGGAGGGUAUCGCCCUGAAAUGGGUCAUGUGCCUGACCCUGGCUGCGUCGCUUCCAACCUUCACAAUCCCUCAAACCCCCCACAUCAUGUGGACUUUCGGGAACCGCAUCAGACUCAGCAGCAGCAGCAGCAGCAGCAGCAGCAGCAUCACGCUCAUCAGCACGAGGUGUUGGAAGAGCAGGGUGUGGGGGGGGAGGGUAUAAUGCAAGCGGCUGUGGGCAACAAGCGGCAGAGGGAGGGGGAGCAGCAACAGACGCCAUGUGCUGUGACUGGGUGGCAGCAGCAGCCGGUGCAGGAGCGCGUGGGAUUGUCGGUACAGGCGACAAGGGGAACGGCAUCACCAGGGGCUUUUAUGAGCCGAAGCUUCAGCGAAGCCGCACUGCCACUCCGUCUCCCCCACCUCCCCUCCCCAUCACCCUUCAUGCCCCAACCUCCCCCCACCACCUCCUCUCUUCCUCCCCCGCCUGGUAACCAUCACUCUCAACAAUCACCCCUCGUUACCAGCACCUUUAAUACAGUCACAACCAAUCCAGACCCUACCCCUGCCCCGUCCGCUGCCCCCUCUUCCUACCCUUCCGCCACUCCUAUGACUGCUCCUUCCGCUGCUCACCUUUCCCCUUCGGAACUUCCCCCCGCCGCUCCCCCCAUCAUCCCCAUUUCAGAAACUCCCCCUGCCGCUCCCCCCAUCCCCCCCCCCACUUCACGAACUUCCCCCACCGCUCCCCCCAUCUCCCCCUCCGCGCUCCUAAGCGCGCUCUCCUCCCUCCAAUCCAAAAUAUCCGCGUUACAAGUGCUGGUUCCGCUAGUGGCGCAAUCCGCGCCGUCAGAGGCGCUGCAGCAGCAACAGGAGGUGGCAGCAGUGGGGAGGGCAAGUCUUAGGGGGGAUUGCAGUGGGGAAAGGGAAGGCCAGGUGAACUGCAGCACGCUGCAUGAUGAAGGAUUGCGGUGGGAUGCGGUGCUGGCAGGUGCGGAUGGGACUUUGGAGGAAAGGAGAAGGGAGGGGGAAGGCGCGCAUGGGAGCGGGGGUGAGGUGAUGGUAUGGGGUGGUGAUGUCGUGCACGGUGCAGUGAAGGAGGAAGUGCAGGCCAUGGAUGACGUCAGCAUGGGUGGUGGUGACGACAUCGAGGGGACGCCCAUGCCUUUGCAUGGAACCUAUUAUGGAGCACCUGACGUGACACCUGAUGGAGCACCUGAUGGUGCUGCAUAUGAUGGUGGUGCAAUGGCAUGUCAGGCAGUUGUUGUUCCCACGGCUUCGCAUGGUAACCGCAUGGUAUCAAGUGGUAACACCAGAUCAUCGCAUGAUGACGCCAUGGUAUUGUAUGAGAAUGCCAUGGCAUCUCAGGGGAGUGGCAUGCCGCCCAGUGUCAGCAUGGGCGGCGCAAGCAGCAGUCAGGGCGGCAGCAGUGGUGUGGGCGGCAGCGUUCUGGGCGGCAGCGGAAUGUGCGACAGCGUUUUGGGCGGCGGCAGUGUUUUGGGUGGCAGCGGUGGCAUGUGUAUGAGGAGAGGCAGGAUACGGGGGGGUAGAGGAGGGAGUGGGGGAGGGGGGAGGAAGGGGGGCGGCGGAGGAGGGAGAGGAGGAGGGAGGGGGGGGACAAGAGGGGGAAGAAUAUUACCUGAAGCAAGUAGGGAAGAGGAAGAGAGUGAGGGGCAAGUGGUAAGACGAUCAAAACUUGGAAAUUCAGUGAAGGCUGAGAGUCAACUGGGUGGUGGGCGUGGGGAGGAUGAAGAAGAGGAGGAUGAGGAUGAGGAGGAAGAGGGGGGGAGGAGCAGUGAAGGGGUGACACGUGGCGAGUUUGAAUUGGUGGAGCUGCAGGUGGACGAGCUUCUGGCAGAACACACUCUGUUCUGUGAGGUGUGUGGGAAGGGCUUUAAGCGGGACGCCAACCUCCGCAUGCAUAUGCGCGGCCACGGGGACGCCUACAAGGGUGCCACCUCCCUCUCCCGCCCCGCGCUCUCCGCCGCCCGCUCCGCCGACCACCCCGCCGCCCGGCCACAGCGUUACAGCUGCCCGGAACCCGGGUGCAAGCGCAACCAGCAGCACCCGGAUUUCCAGCCUCUCAAGACAAUCCUAUGUGUGAAGAAUCACUACAGGAGGACGCACUGUGCGAAGCAGUACACGUGCAGCCGGUGCGGUGUGAAGCAGUUUGCCGUGUUGGCUGAUCUGCGCACUCAUGAGAAGCACUGCGGCCGGUCCUCCUGGAAAUGCUCCUGCGGGUCGUCCUUCAGGUGGGUUCAGGUGGAGUCAGCCGCAAGGACAAGCUACCAGGCCACCUCUCUCACUUCGCCAGCCAUCACGUCGUCGCUGCCGGCCCAAUCAACUCUUAGAAUCAACUCAAGUCGCAAGGACAAGCUACUGGGUCACCUCUCUCACUUCACCGGACACCAUGCCGUUGCUGCCGGCCCCUCUGACCUCCCACUGCCCACCCUCCCUUCCCCCGCUGCCUCCACGCCUGCUGCUUCUGUCGACGCUGCCGUCGCCGCUGCUUCUGCCGCUGUUUCCGGUGCUGCUGCUGGUGAUACUGCCGGCAGCGGUGGUGGUGGUGGCAGUAGCAGUGCUGCCUUCGGUGGUUACCAUGAGCGGAACAGUGGGGUUGCCAUGCGAUUGGCUGGAGGUGGGGGAAGGAUACAUGUUGACACCAGCAGGCGCAGCAGUGUGAUAGCAGGAACAAACAUGGCUGCCGGUGGUUCUCCUGCUGCUCUCUCUACACUCCCAAUCAUGGCUCGCUACGCCGUCGUCGCUUUCGCUCUCCUCGCCCUAUUCGCGGUGUGCCACGCGCGGCCCGCGCCGAUCGACGACGAUAUCACCGACAACACCGUUGUCCCCGAUCUCAAGGGUCUCUCCCGGGAGAAGAUUCAGGAGCUCGCGUUGACAGAUCUGGCCGCAUGGGACGAGGAGGACAACGGCGUGAGUGCCGCUGAGGCCGAUAAGAUUGUCGUCGAUGAGGAUAACACCGUUUCCGCUACUGACGACGCCGCUGACGACUCCGACAAUACCGUGGCGGCUACUAGCGAGGAUGUCGCCGAUUCCGAAAACUCCGUCGUCGCGUCGUCCGCGGACGUCGCCGAUGACGACAACACCGUGGCUGUUGCCGAGCCUGCUGACUCGGACAACACCGUGGCUGUGGUGGCUGCCGAGCCUGAGGAUGAUGUUGUUGCCGUGAUGCCCGAGGACAACGUUGCUACCGCUUCCGCCGCCAAGUCGACCGACAUGGGUAUCGCCAUGGUUGUGUAA